GCUUUCGUUGGCAUUUGUCGUAGUUCUCGAGCAUCGCCUUCUGUUGUGUGAACUUUCGAAGAAAAUUGCGAUAUGCCCAUCGCCGAAGAAGUUAAAUCUAGCUGGGCCGACGAGGUCGAAUUGGAAGGCGGCUCGUUGCCGCCGUCUACCGAGGUGAUAGAAAACAACCUCAAAAUCGUCACAGAGUACAAGUACGAGGACGACAAGAAAGUUAAGAUCGUCCGCACCUACAAAAUCGAGAAGAUGCUCGUGUCAAAGACAGUCGCCAUGAGGAAAGCGUGGAAGAAGUUCGGCGAAGCGGCGAAUGAUAAACCCGGACCCAAUCCCCACUCAACCAUAGUGGGUGAGGAUGUGUACAUGCAAUACAUAACGAGCAAGGAGGAAGACAACAAGCCGGAAGAUGAAGGGAUCGACAAACUCAAAGGCAUGCUGGACAAAACCAUGUUCAAGUGUCGCACGUGUAGCGGGGACCACUGGACUUCAAAAUGUCCAUGGAAAGACACCAUGGUCGCUGGAGGUAAAAUACCAGAUGACAAGAAGCCAGCCGCUACUACGUCGACUGGCGAGGCGGCUAAAGCAGGCUCCAAGUAUGUGCCUCCCAGUUUAAGGGAAGGGGCUUCGAAAAGAACAGAUUCAACUAUGGGUAGACGUGAUGACUCUUUUGCCGCUAUUCGCAUAGCAAACUUGAGUGGAUCAACCACGGAAAUGGAUCUGGAAGAGCUGGUUAAACCAUUUGGGCCUAUUCACAAGUUGUUUGUGGCUAAAGAUAAAGUGACAGGUGUCUGUAAAGGGUUCGCUUAUAUUCACUUUAAGUUCAAGAACGAUGCAGCCAAUGCUAUAAACAGGCUAAAUGGCCACGGUUAUGAUCAUCUUAUCCUCAGUGUGGAUUGGUCCAGGCCACAGAAUAACUAAUUUUUUUGAUUUUAGUUCCAUCUUAAGCUAAUAAAUGGAAAUUUUAU